AGAAGAUGAAUGAGAACCACAACGCGUAGAUGUGAAGUAGGAGUACCAUAGGCACUUCUUUCUCUAACGAAAAAAUGUUCCAGCAGUAUUGUGCCCAAGGAAGAAAAAACAAAGAUGAGAAUGUAGGCUUGAUCGAUUGAUUUGAUGAGGAAAAAAUCGCGUAGGGUCUAUCCAACAAAGGUACAAGUGUCAGAAAACUCAUAUUUUUGUUUUUGAGUAGCUCAUGUUUGCGCGACCGCACUUGUUUUUGAUUUUGACUCGUACAGAAGUAGAGGCUGAAAAGUACCAGAGAACACUUUGAGUAAGUACGUUACAACAGUAGAAAUACUCACUACGUCGACCUCAAGAACGCAGACUGUUGUCAUCACAGUAGCCCCACCAAGAAAACGCACGAAAAACAAAGAUGGACAUCGCAGACGGCGAUUUCGGCAUGCUGGAGUUCAUCUGGCGCAGCUGCAAGGUGGUCUUCGCCUUGUCUCCGCUGAUCGGAAUGGUCGCGCUUUUCGUGCUAUGCAUUGCAAAAGUACUAUCGCACUAGUAGAAGGCGUGUACAUCGCAUGACAAACCGUAUCCAUUUUCAGGUAUAGAAAAAAUGGAGUUUUUCAUGCAGAUUCAGCUACUGACCCUGACCGUGACGUAGAACUGCUCCACAUAUCUGUCAUGCGAGAUUGCAAUUCGUAAGGGUAUGAUGUCACUUUUGCAGGGCAUACAUGAUGGCGUACGACGAUCCCGCGGCCGAGAAGAAGAAGCGGGAUGCUGAUUUUGAUUUCGCUUUAGCGGGGAACGAGGAGUAGGAGGACGAGAGGACGCGCCGUGAACGUGAUGAUAGAGCAGUAAAACUACUAAAAUGCAGCGCUGUCAACAACUUCAACUACGACGUCAACUACUCAGCACAACUUCUUUGGUCAGAUUUUGAAUCGUCUGUGCGGAAGGGGUCAGUACUGAUUCCGUAAAACCAUCGACCACGGGUCUUUACGAAAGGAGCUAAGUACAAAGUUGGUUUUGAUAAAGCGGAAUCGAACAAGAAGGGCCAACUUUACCAGGGCUGUUCCUGUUGCGUCGUCGGGAUUAUUUCGGCCUUCCAACCGCAAAGAACUGCUCGACAGCAUGCUUUCGAAGAAAGGUGAUUUCCAAAGAACUUCAGACUCUGCCUCCUGCUCCAUAUAACAUUUCUAAGCACGACGUUUUCUACCCACACGACCCAGUUUUCCCGAAUUCGCUUAUGCUGUCUGGGUAACGAAACAUCGCCACGACCCGCCCCGACGUUCUAUUUGAUAUUCAAAAAUAGCAUCUACUACGUACUGCACCAACGCCGCAGGUGUAGCUUCGCUGGUUGAAGUUGGACUGAGUGGUCAGUGUGCACUUGCGGGGUGAUUUUUUUGCUGCUCUUGAUGACUUUUGUUCCUCGCUCACGCUCGCGACC